AUGAUAAGCCGCAUCUCCCAGAUCGUUCAAGGUAUUCUGGAGGAGCAACAAGGUGUCUUCCCAGGUGGCAAACCGUUGUGGACGGCCAUUACUCUUCGGUGGGCAGAAUCCCACUCGGAAGUAGCGCCGCAAAUUCGCACAUACCAGGCUGCACUCCGAGAAAUGUUGAAGAACAAGAGCGUAGCUGAGCAUUGGCUCACAUUCCGCAGCAGAAAGGGCGUCACCGAGAAGUGUCAUAUUAUCGUCCGAUCUGGGAUUGAUCCAUUUUCCCCCGAAGCCGAUAAGGUGGUGCAAAAUAUCAAAGAUGUCCACCCAGAUCCAUACCUCCCUCCUCCAUUUGAUGCUCAAGUUGACAGCGACUUGUUAAAGCGCGGUCGCCGAGACCUUCCGGAAGAGGUUGAAAUGCUCGAUGCCCCUGUCUAUGUCGCACGAGCUGCCCAGAAACGGGCUCACCAGGACGAGUAUGACGACGAUGGCGAUGAUUUCCCACCGCCCCAAAAGCGAGGCCGAAAACGCAAGAGCAUGUUUGCAGAAGGGCGCGCUUCCAAAUCAAGGGCAUAUCAAAAUGAAAUGGGAGAACCAAUGCGUUAUGAAAACUUUGAGUCCUCUCAAGGCGCCACUGAGGCCCUACAGUUUCUCGACCCGAACACCUUUUUGGAUGAAGAUGAUGUUGAGGGAUCAGAUCAUUACUUCAGCAACAGGUUCGGUACUGCUUGGCAACAAGGGUUUUCAGCUCAGGUGUCUGGCGAAAUCGUUUUUGAUAAGCCAAUUCUAGUAUCCGGCUACGAUGGUAUCUGGCCGUAUAUUGGGCCUGGAGAUUUCGAGAUGCAGGGCGCCAGCUACACGCUGAAGGGAUGGAUGCCGGAUGGCAACUGGUUCGCUUGGUCAUCGAUGAUUGAAAUGAUUGACCGAAAAGCCCAUUCGCUCAAUCGCCAGAGUCACCAACGCCACGGAAGACUUAGUUCGUAUCAAUCUUUUGUUGCGCGGACAUAUAUCUGUUCCGACCUUGAACGCGCAUGGUCAGACUCAUUCAUUCAGGCACCACCGGGAGCGGCGGGCCCUCAUAACAUCUUCGUCUCAUUCUUCAGCGAGGCCGGUGGCGAGAUCAUCGAGACUUCCGCGCUUUCCUGGCCGUCAGAAUGGCAGCUUACGCCCAAGUCAUUCCCCGAAAGUGUUCCGGAUCGUGCUUUGCUUGUGGACUCCCCCUCUGAAGAGGAAGAGGACGAAGACGAUGAUAGUUUUGAAUGGCCAAGCUUCCCCGCGUUUUUGCAAAAACCAGGGUACAGACUCUCUCGAGCCGGCCGUAGAGGUCGGGGUGGCCGACCUCGAGGUUCUGGCAGUCGACUGCGAGCAUCUGCUCGACAAAUUCCACAGCAACCAAGAGUUAAACGCGUGCGCCUGAUCACACGAGCUUUGAUGCCCCUUCCCGAGAGUACGGAUCAACCACAAAGUCAAGCCGAUCCCACGCCUUUGAUCCGUGGAGAAGAGGCAGAGCGUCUACUCGCUGCAUUGGUUGCUGUACGUGUGUUGUUGGGCGGAGCCGACAAGUCCAUUGAUUGGGGCCUCUUACUCAAGCUUUUCCCCGAUCUCUCUGUCAAGGACAUGCGCCGAUUCUGGGUUGACGCUCGCAGAGAUCAGGGUGCAUAUAUCAGGAAGCUUACCAAGGAUUUUCAAGACCGGUUCAUAAUUGCUUAUUCUAAGAACGAGCUGCCGGAAAUCGACUUUGAGGAACCCAUGGACUAUGACUGGUACAGUCUGAUUGACUGGACACUUGAGCUCCCCCGACGAAGAGGCAUUGAUCUUCCAGCGACGAGGGGGGCACUGCAAAAUGACUUUACCUUUCAGGAUGUCACCCCCCAUGAUGAAGAAGACCCUCGGGAGAAAUUCUACAAUCCUCAAACAUCUGUUUUCGCUCGUUUUGAGGCCGUCGCUACUCCAUCUGUUGUUGUCGUCGAGAAGAUGCUCAGUGGACCUGUUGAUGAGCACAUCGAAAUCAGUGAAAGUGACAUUGCCAGGUCUUGGGUGCGAUCCUUGUGCUGCACAGACGAGAGUCGCUACACGGUCGAACAGAUUAAGCAGAAGUUCUCCACCUUGGCAGGUGGAGACCAGGAAAAGAUUAACUCAUUACUCAAGGAAGCCAUUGAUACUUUGACACAGCAGAGAAUCAUUUGCAAAAGCAAACGGCUUCCGCUUUCUGGGAGGCCCUUCAGACUCAACGAAGCAUUUGGACAUGUACUCGGGAAGCUUGCGCAACGGACCAAAUACAAGGACGCUGCCGAUUUCAAAACGCAACUGGAUGCUAUUUUCCGCCGCGGCGAGGCCUAUCGAAUCCCUUUCACACUCAAUGAUGGGUCGGUAAUGGCGUUGAUAAAUCUCAAUGCGAGUGAAAGGAUCAAACUGGUUCCAGUCAACGUGCCUCACAUUCCCUUGGGUUUCAAGCCUGGCCAGUACGAGAUGCGUAAGCUGAAGAAAUCGCUCUACUCUCAUGACCUUGAAGCGGUCCCCACGGACUUGUACAAGUAUGACGAGGAGAUCGACGUCCUCCGCAGGAGUGUCUUUGAAGGACCUCCAGCCGCAGGUAAAGGCAAAACCAGCGUGCUCCCACAAUGGGUUGACUUCUUUGGACGUCGGGAAGCGGAACGGUGGAUGGAUGUGCUGGGUGCUUUCUGCUUCGUGUACGCGAACAGAGGUCUUCUGACGAUCGAAGGAGUGUGCAAUGCUCUCAAGCCGGUGCUCGAGGAGUUCGAGGCUAAGCUCAUCAUGGAUUGGGGUGUGAAGACAGGCGUGCUUAAGCACUCGGAAGAAGGUCUAGGGCUCAUGGUAGGAGAGUGGUGGUGGCUUGCUGUCCCUUGGCAAUGGGGGCGACAGUUCAAGCCCACAGGUUAUAAUGAAGGCAUGGAUUAA